AUGACUGGAUCAUUUGAUAAAUUACGAAUGUUUGACCCAAUAAAUAUAUUUUCUACAAAAUUUAAAACUAGUCAAAAAGAUCGUCAAGCAAUAAUUUUGGAACACGAUAAUUGUUGGAAAAGCGUAUGGACAAUAUCUUUACCAAUAUCAUAUGUAAAAACGCGUUUUACGUUUCCGGCAUUAGCAUUAAACGCUACUAUAUCGUUGUUACCAUUUUUAGAAACACCAAAUCAAAUAAUUAAAAAAGUCAAAGACGAUAUGUAUGAUAUUAAUAAUUUUGGAAGAAUGAAUUUGUUAGCGGGAUUAUGUGAAG